AUGACUAGUGAAACUUGGGAGUUGUUGAGAGCUUCCAAACCCCAAUGCGCUUGGGCUAGAGGGAUCUGGUUUCCUCAGGCUACUCCUAAAUUUGCUUUUAUAUCUUGGCUUGCGGUGCUUAAUAGAUUAUCAACUUUGGACAGAGUUGCAAUAUGGAGCCAGGGGGUGGAUACAACCUGUCUACUCUGCCAAUCUGCUACUGAGUCAAGAAGCCAUUUAUUUUUCGAGUGUUCCUACUCGGGGCAGGUGUGGGAGCAAAUGGUUAAAGGCAUAUUAGGGAACGAGUUCACUACUGAUUGGGUUGGGAUUGUGGGGCUCAUUUCUGAUGCGACAAGAGAGAAGAAGUCUUUGUUCUGUAUUAGAUACGCGCUUCAGGCGGUCCUGUAUGCAGUCUGGCGUGAGAGAAAUAAGGUAAAGCAUGGUCGAAAGCUAAUGCCGUUACCGAUUCUACAGAAACUGGUUGAUAAAGGGAUUAGGAACAAGAUCAGUGUGUUGAGAAUGAGGAGAGUAAGAGGCAUGGAGUUGCUGAUGCAGUUUUGGUUCCAAACUAGAUUACAAUAG